AAGGACCCUGGAUCAUGCAUGAUUGCAGUGUGGACAUCCCACAUCUUUCUCCAGCUGGAUCUACUGUCAGGCAAACCCACCUACCGACCUAGGUUGGUAAAGAGAGAUCUUGUAUAUUGCUCGGGUUCUGCAACAUGCCAGGUUUGAAUCUCCAUGAUCCUGCUUUGUUUCUCACUGUCUCUUCUACGAGAUAUACCUACCAUACAAUACGUCUUCGCGAAGUCCAACAGCUUCCCCCGAUAGUUCCUCCAUAACUGCAUCAACCUGAGUACCCUCUGAAACCUCAAUGGCAGGAAAAUCCUUCGUCGGUGCCAUUGACAAUGGCACCACCAGUACUCGGUUCCUCAUCUUCGAUCAGGCUGGUAACCCUGUGGCCGAACAUCAAGCCGAGUUCAAGCAGAUGUACCCUCACUCUGGCUGGCACGAACAUGACCCUCUCGAGCUCGUUUCCUCAACCAGCGAAUGUAUAGACAAGGCCUGUGAAAAGUUCGAGGCAAAAGGAUACUCUUUGUCCGACAUGAAAGCCGUGGGAAUAACCAACCAGAGAGAGACGACGUGCGUCUGGGAUACCAAGACCGGUGAACCUCUGUACAACAGUAUAGUCUGGACCGACACGCGCACGCAUCGCAUCGUGCACGAACUCAAAGCCCGCAAGGGCGCAGACCAGUUACAGCCCCUCUGCGGCUUGCCGUUGUCCACGUAUCCGUCCUCGACGAAGCUUCUGUGGAUGCUCCGCCACGUCGACAAGGUCAAGCAGGCCUACGAGGCAGGUCGCCUCGCAUUCGGCACCGUCGACACGUGGCUCGUGUACAAGCUCAACGGCGGCCUGGACGCCAACGUCUUCGUCACCGACGCCACCAACGCGAGCCGCACCAUGUGGAUGAACAUCCACAAGCUAGAGUACGACGACAAGCUCAUCUCCUUCUUUGGCCUCGACACCAAGACGCCGAAGCUGCACCUGCCGAAGAUUGUGCCCUCGUCGAGUCCCGAUGCCUACGGCAAAUUGGCGAGCACCAAGCUCAAGGGGACCAAGAUCGCAGGUUGUCUGGGUGAUCAGUCCGCCGCCCUCGUCGGUCAGAAUGGGUUCGUCCCCGGCCGUGCAAAGAACACCUACGGGACUGGCUGCUUCCUGCUGUACAACGUCGGCGAAAAGCCCGUCAUCAGCACGCACGGCCUGUUGGCCACGGUCGCGUACGACUUCUCACCGCAGGGGCUCAAACCUGUGUACGCGCUGGAAGGAUCCAUCGCCGUCGCAGGCAGUAGUGUGCAGUUCUUGCGCGACAACCUGGGCUUCUUCCCCACGGCGCCCAAGGUCGGUGAGCUGGCGCAAACCGUCGACGACAACGGCGGCGUGGUGUUCGUCACGGCGUUCAGUGGACUUUUUGCGCCGUACUGGUACGACGACGUCAAGGGCACGAUCUGGGGCCUCACCAGCUACACCCAAAAGGGUCACAUUGCGAGGGCGACGCUGGAGGCGACGUGUUUCCAGACGAAGGCCAUCCUGGACGCCAUGGAAAAGGAUGCCGGGGUGAAACUGCAGGAACUCGCCGUCGAUGGUGGGAUGAGCAAUUCGGAUUUGUGUAUGCAGACCCAAUCCGACAUCAUCCAAAUCCCCGUCGACCGGCCAAAGAUGCGAGAGACCACGGCGCUCGGGGCCGCCAUCGCGGCAGGCUUCGCGGUCGGCGUGUGGAAGAACUUUGACGAACUGAAGGAGGUGAAUUCCGAAGGUCGCUUCUUCUUCAAGCCCAAGAUGAGCCAGGCGGCCAGUGACAAGAUGUACAAACGGUGGACCAAGGCCGUGGAGAUGAGCAAAGGUUGGGAAGACGACGAGGACGAAGAGGAAGAGGAGCAACCCAAGUUGUAAAUUCUAUUUGGAUAGUCUGUGCGUCUCGUGCCGUCUGUCCAUCGCCCCCCGAGUCGACACCGCUUUCCCUUGCGGUCAGAUUCCAGCGCUUGCUUUGGCUGUCAAGGUGGUAUGGGAAGAGGAGGAGGUAAGCCAUCGGCUAGAAGCCCAGCAUGUAGAAUGUCUCGAUCAGAGAGAUUUACGCUGUAUUGGGUGUAAAAGAUAGCGGCGAUGACGAUUUUCACCAUGGCCUUUUCUUCUUGCUUGCAGGUACUCUUGAACCGCCGGUGUGCUUGUGUACAUGGGACACGAAAAAGGUAUCCUUGAAAUGGUGUACCGGACGAAUGGAAUCCUCACACCAGGUUUUUUAUUUUGCUACCUACGACGCAUGCCCAUUACUGUGAAU